UCUUCGUCGGGUUCAAUGGUUAUGCUGCUUUGAGUCGAACAACCGUGCGGCUGCCGAAACAGCGGACAACUACCUUUUUGUUGAUAACAAUCAUCUUCGGACUGAUACUGCUAUUUUGGCAGUCGUUUUUAAACUUUCGAUUUGUGAAAUAUGUGAGAUAUGACUAGGUAACGUAACCUACAGGAUUUUUGUUACAGUAUGUGGAAUAGGUACUUCGUCAUUUCUUGGAAGGGAACGCCUGGCUAAGGUUAACGUUAAAGAACAGCUCUCAGUUCCAUUCGCCUUUCAGACAACUUUGCAAACAUGCACAGGACAUUUCCUCAGUGGUUCUUCGAGAUCAUCUGUGUCUUGGUGUUCCUAUACGAUCUUACCGAUUGCAACGAAAACCCCGCCUCCCAGCAAACGUCCCGCUUCUCUGCUUAUGAGGUGACCAUCCCAAAACGCAUAGCAAGACAGAGGAGAGACCUCGACGACCAAGCAACAGACAAGGUGUCUUAUGUCAUCCAAGCCCAGGGAGAGGAGCACAUCCUGGUUCUAGAGAAAAACGAGCAGCUGCUUCCAGCUGAUUUUGCAGUGUUCACAUACGACACAGAUGGCUCUCUCAUCACCCGGAGACCCAACAUGCAGAACCACUGCCACUACAAAGGCUAUGUGGAGGAUGUGGAAGGGUCCUCAGCGUCUCUCAGCCUCUGCUCUGGACUCAAUGGACGGUUAGUUAUUAGAAGUUCCACAUUUGGGAUUGAGCCUCUGGAGGGCUCCUCUGACUUUGAGCAUGUGGUGUACCGCUUGGAGGAUGAGGAGCCGGAACCUCUCAACUGCGGAACCACUCAUGCCCAUCGCCAUGACGACAAUGAAACAUCUUCCACCGGCCAAACCAUUGGCCACUCUCAGAGUGACUUGUUUGGGGAGACUGUUAGUCAUUUAACCAGAAGCAAGCGGGCCAUAAUGCUCCAGACGCACUAUGUGGAGCUGAUGCUGGUUGUGGAUUUAGACAGAUAUAACUUCAAUAACAGGAACGAGACCUACGUUCGAGAAGAGAUGGUCCAGCUAGCCAACCAUCUUGACAGUAUGUAUGAGCAGCUGAACAUCCGUGUGGUGUUGGUGGGGCUGGAGAUCUGGACGCAGGUGAACCCCUUCAGCAUGGACGGUAGUGCUGGGGAUGUCCUGGGCCGCUUUGUGGACUGGAGGAAGCAGAGUCUGCUGCCACGCCGUCGCCAUGACAGUGCCCAGCUCAUCUUGAAGAGGGGCUUUGGGAGUACUGUAGGAAUGGCCUUUAUCAGUGCGGUGUGCUCCAGUAACCAUGGAGGCGGCAUCAAUUCGUUCACCAACCACAAGGUGGCCAUCUUCGCUUCCAUUGUGGCUCAUGAGUUGGGCCACAACCUGGGCAUGAAUCAUGAUGAUGACCGCGGCUGUAACUGUCCUGCAAAGAACUGCAUUAUGGGCUCUGGCGCCACUGGGGCCACUAACUUCAGCAGCUGCAGUGCUGAUGACUUUGAGAAGAUGGUUCUGCGGAUGGGCCGCAGCUGUCUGCUCAAUGUGCCCCGGCCAGACGAGGCCUACAGCACGCCCUACUGCGGCAACAAGCUGGUGGACCAGGGCGAGGAGUGUGACUGUGGCUCCGAGCAGGAGUGCAAGAAGGACCCCUGCUGUGAGCCCAAAACCUGUAAGCUGAAGUCCUGGGCUCAGUGUGCCUAUGGGGAAUGCUGCAAGAACUGUAAGUUCCUGCCAGGUGGCUAUGAGUGCCGCAGCCGGUCGGAUGAGUGUGACCUUCCUGAGUACUGCGACGGCUCGUCUGCUGUCUGUCAGAGUGAUGUCUUUGUGCAGAACGGGCAUCUCUGCAGAAACAACCAGUCAUACUGUUACAAUGGCAAAUGCCAGCACUAUGAUGGCCAAUGCCAGGCCUUGUUUGGCUCCAAGGCAAAGUCAGCGCCUGAUGAAUGCUUUGAGAUGGUCAACUCCAAAGGUGACCGCUUCGGAAACUGUGGCUACCACUCCAACAGUUACAGGAAAUGUGAGACCAGGAAUGCCAAGUGUGGGAAGCUGCAGUGUGAGAAUGUGGACUCGGGCACCAUAUUUGGCAUCAACCCCGCCAUCAUCCAAACAACCAUCCAACGCACCAAGUCCAAGUGCUGGGGGGUGGACUUCUCGCUAGGGCCAGACGUGCCUGACCCGGGCGUGGUGAGCGAGGGCACCAAGUGUGGGGAGAACAAGGUGUGCUUGAAUUUUGAGUGCAGACACUCGUCAGAGCUUAACUAUGAUUGUGACAUGAAGAAUAAAUGUAACGGCCAUGGGGUCUGUAACAACAAUAAAAACUGCCACUGUGAUUACGGAUGGGCUCCCCCUUUCUGUAAGGAGGAGGGUUAUGGAGGGAGCAUUGACAGCGGUCCCACAUGGAACGAUAAGGACACAUCCACCAGGGACGGUCUGCUGGUCUUCUUUUUCCUGGUCCUCCCUCUGCUCCUGCUGGGUCUGUAUGUGUUCUUCAGACGGAACGAGCUGCGACGGCGCUUCACCAGGAGGAAUCGUUCACGGGGCUACGAGGCUGAACCGGUGCCUCAGGACAACAGCCGUGUCCCACCCUCCCAGAGAGAAAAUCCCAAUAUCGUUAAAAAUGGACACCAAGUUCAGUUAUUACCACCAGAAGAGGUUGUUCAGACAAAUAGGACCACCUCUGGACCAUCUUAUGCCACGAGACCACCUCGGCCACCUGUCAAGCCCGCUCCUGCUGCAACAUAUCUAGUGCCUCAGAGACCCCCUCCUCCACCUCCUGUAUAGCCCACACACUGCAGAGGUCAAAGUGCGCCGUGGGACGUGUGGUGGCCAAGGACACUUGAGGGAGAAGGGGAAUUGCCUUUCUGCAACACUCCCCCCUCCUCUCAUAGUUCCAUACUGACCUUCCAGCAUGGUCUUACUGCUUCAGGGCACCAGUCAGCUGUCCAACAGAAUCACAACGCUGUCACUUUAACCAGUAAAAACCUCCUGAAAUACGACUCAAGAGUGCAGGGUCAGGCAUCACAAACUCUCGUCCAAUGAGCUGGCUCCUGCCUGGAUAGACUCCAUGGUGUCUACAGCAACAUGCAGAUUGUUUUUUUUUUUCCUAUUGUUUUGAUUAUUAUGGGCUACACAGGACCACUACUACCAAUUGCACUUCACAGGCUCUGUUCUUGAUACACUGCAAUAGGAAUGUACAGAGAAAAAAAAACACGAGCCACGAUGAAUCAGUGUGGCCUGUUGACAUUGAAUUUUCUCUUUUUUUGUUGUUGUGAUGAGCACUGCUUUUUUAAAGAGUCCUCUAUCCUUUUGUGGAAUGUAAAUCGAGCACCUGCUUUGGACUGCAGGCUUAUUGUUCCAGGUUAAAGGUUAUGCCGCAAGCUGACCAUAUUCUGCCCCGUUUGCAUAUUCGAUGUGUUUUUCUUUUGUACUGAUAACUCACAAUGCUCUCAUUCAAAUCCCAUUUAGAAAAGAUCAAAAGUGUGAGAUGUCACUUGAAUUGACUGUUUUACAACUCACAUAGUCUCUCACAAAUAGAUAUACAGCAUAGUACACGACAUGUAUCCCUACAGUAUACAGCAUGCAUUCUGUCUCUCUCUUUCUCUCCUUUUCAGACUGCCCAAAUAAGGUAGAACCUCAGAGAUCUAGGCCUCUCAGACAGCCUCAACUAUGCACACCUCAGUUAGCAAAUCAGUUUUUAAGAGGAACUAACCCACGCAGGGUCUGUGCUACUGUAAACCAGUGUAUCUACAAAACAAUCAUGCAAACAAACCUACAGUAAUGGUUUUAAUGCUGUGAUUAAACAUAUUACACAUUUGUAUGAUCAUUUGUGUUUAGGCGAGGACAAAAUAGGAUAGUAGGGUGACGGCAUGUGCUACUUGUGCCUGGUAUAAAUGGUGGUUUAUUGCUGAUAAGAACUUGUGUUUUACGUUAGUGUGCUUCUCACUCUAGCCUUCGCCCAUGCAGAGUGUUGAAGGUGAACAGCUAAAAGCUCUGUUCAGAUGCACACCUGAACCACCCCUAGCUGUGUAGAGAGAUCAGGAUGGUAACUGAGUGACUUUCAAUAUCCUGCACAGUUGAGAGGGACAUGUUGUUGGUCAUGAAUGAUCAGGUCUCUGAGAUUCUACUUUCUCUCUGAUGCAGUCAUCUGUACAGUGUGCAGACAACUCUGAACCAUGGCCCACUCCAAAAGAGCUGUUCAGAGACUUGUGGAAUUCAUAUAUUAUGCUACUCGCAGUCAGAAUGACAGUAAUCAGCUGAGGAUUCCUUCUCACGUUACUCUGCACAUUGACUCUCUUUAGCUUAAUUUAAGUUUUAUAGUUUUUUUUAUACAUUUUUGGUUAAACUCAUUUGGUUAUUAUGGGUUUUAUAAUCAAGAAAGGUUUCACACUUGGACUCAUAUGUAAUUCGCUAAUUUGGUUCUUUUGUUCUGUAAGGGCUGUGCAACUGUACGUGUUGAACAUCUGCAAAAAAGAAAUGUUGGUGAAUAUGAGGAAUGAGCUUUUAUGAAUCAGAUGGAUUGAAUUGUUCUUCCUUAGACAUAACACUGGUCACAAUCACACACUCCCACCCCCUUAAUACAGAUUAGUGUUUUAUGAUUCUUUCACAUUUCCUUUCAAUCUUAUGCAGUUCCACAAAUAUAAAUGCAAACACACACACACACAUUUUUCACUGCAAUACUGAAUUUCUGUAGAUGUCAAAUACCCAUGGUGCAUCAGGAGGUACAGCUGAGUGCCAUGCAGUAUUGAAAUGAAUAUAUGAUAAAUAAAUUAAUAAAUAUUAUACUGUAUUUGCAAAGGAAUAUCAUGUAUAUGUGACUGAUAUUCUUAUCACCACUAUUGAUUGGAAUAAUGUACUUGUGCAGUAUAUAUUAUCAAAGACAGUAUAGUGGAGGAAUUUAUUAACUGAUGUUGGUAGGCCUGAUUGCACUGCAUACUCAACUCCAGCAGGCCCCUUUUCUGUGUCUGAUUGUGGUGUUGUAGUGACUGCCAUGACCUCUCUCAAGAGGCUGACUAGUUACUGGUACAGUAAUGAUGGUUGGUUUUGUUACUGCAUAUGAAAAUAAAAUAAAAAAUCACUGGUAUGUUUUUA